UGUCUGGGGCUUUCGCCUUCAACAAAGAUGGUGCUUAUGGUACAGGUUCCCUAACAGUCUGGAUUCCGGUUGCAGUUUUUCCCUCCCUCCCAAAGAUACGUGGUUGCAGACGGAGAAAUGGACUCCAGAGACAAACAAGUGCUUCGCUCACUUCGCCUGGAGCUGGGUGCAGAGGUUUUGGUAGAGGGACUGGUUCUUCAGUACCUUUACCAGGAAGGAAUCUUGACGGAAAACCAUGUUCAAGAAAUCCAAGCUCAAGCCACAGGCCUCCGGAAAACAAUGUUGCUGCUGGAUAUCCUACCGUCCAGGGGUCCCAAAGCAUUCAACGCAUUCCUAGAUUCCCUCCAGGAAUUUCCCUGGGUAAGGGAGAAGCUGGAGAAGGCAAGGGAAAAAGCCAUAACUGAGCUGCCUGCAGGUGACGGGAUAACUGGGAUCCCCUCGCACAUCCUCAACAGCUGCCCGUCGGACAAGCAGCUUAACCAGCUGGCCCAGAGGCUGGGCCCCGAGUGGGAGCCCGUGGUGCUGUCUCUGGGACUGUCGCAGGCCGAUAUCUACCGCUGCAAGGCCAACCACCCCCACAACGUGCAGUCGCAGGUGGUGGAGGCCUUCGUCCGCUGGCGGCAGCGCUUCGGGAAGCAGGCCACCUUCCAGAGCCUGCACGAAGGCCUGCGGGCCGUGGAAGCGGACCCCUCGGUGCUCCUGCAGGUGUUGGAGUGAUGGUGCCUCGGCCACCCCGCUGGGGAGUGGCCCAAGUCACACAGGCUGAUUCCUGACUUCCACUCAGAGCAGGUGGUUUUCUGUUUAGCUUAGUUUUGUUUUUUCUUCUUAAUGAUCAUCCGAUAGAAGGAGAAAAUAGGGUUUCCAUUUGACAUUACUUGAAAGGCCAGAUUAUUCAGCAGAUCUCCCAUGUUGGCUCAA